AUGCAGCUCGUAUUCUGUUCCUCCAGAAACCUCUCUUUCACUUCUUCUCCUAAAGCGGUCUACAACAGCGGACACGAUGUCGUAACCCUCACGGAACCAGGGUUCAACUACUUCAUCAGCUCAAAUCAUGCGCAAUGCGCAUCCGGACAGAGGAUCGACGUUCUUGUCAUCCAUGACCCGUCACGUUCAGUUCCUCCACCACCACCGAGCAAGAUCCUUCCUUUUGGAAAGAUUUACAAGGUUGGUGACUCCAAAGGAUGGAGCGGCGUUUACGACAGUGACUACUUGAACAAGUGGAGCGAAGAGAAACAGUUUCAUGUCGGAGACUCUCUAUUUUUCCAAUACGCCACCGACGAAGCCAACCAAGUCUUAGAAAUCAGCGGUCAUCUUGAGUUCGAAUCAUGCGACCCGACUUCACCUGUAGCCGUGCACAAGACAGGCCACGACCUCAUCAGGCUCACCAAACCAGGAGUCCAUUAUUUCAUUAGCUCAGAUUCCGGUCAAUGCGAGGCUGGCCUUAAGCUACGGGUCGUGGUCGGGCCAUUACCAAAAGUCGUUACUCCCCCCAAUGUUCACAAGAAGAUGGAUUUCUCACUUAAGGACCACUUCAAGAGGUGGUUAGGCACUUUCAGAUAUCAUCAUCAUCAUUAA